AUGGCCCAAACUGAGAGUUCCCUUUCAAGCUCUGUCAGACCAGGCAUGGACCUCGAGGUAUCCGAAAAGAGUCCCCGGGUCGAGACACUGCCAGAGUCUCAACCAGUAUCUCCCGUCACGGAGGCUGAGUAUCCCGAGGGAGGCAGGGACGCAUGGCUCGUCGUAGUUGGAGGCUGGUUCGGUCUCUUCUGCACCUUUGGCCUCGUAACCUGCGUCGGCGUGUUUCUUGAGUACUACCAGGCCAGUCCUUUGGCAGACUAUAGCCCCAGCGCCAUUAGUUGGAUCACGAGUUUGCAGGUCUUCUUCCAAGUCGGUGGUUCAGCAGUUUGGGGUCGUGUCUACGAUUCAUACGGCCCUCGAUAUCUUCUCCUCAUCGGCGCACCAGUAUACGUCUUUGGCAUAAUGAUGCUCUCUUUAUCCACGCAGUACUACCAGAUACUCCUCUCCCAAGCUCUACUCAGUUCAAUGGGCUCAGGCGCCGUCUUCACCGCCUCCCUCACAUCGACAACAUCAUGGUUCAGAAAGAAGCGGGGAACGGUCUUUGGCAUAGUCAACUCUGGAUCUUCAGCCGGUGGUAUAGUGCUGCCCGUCAUGCUAUCUCGCCUAUUCAAUAGUAUAGGCUUCGGCUGGACUUUGAGGGCUGUUGGAUUCAUGUUCUUGGCAUUCAUGGCGAUUUCGUGCGUGUUGAUCAAGUCGCGUACUCCCCCGAAACCUCGUCCUUUCUCAUUGUCGGACUAUCAGAGAUGUUUCAAGGAGCCAGUAAUGUUGUUGACAAUGCUUGGUGGCUUUCUCUUCUUCUGGGGAAUGUUUCUGCCUCUGAACUAUAUCAUCAUCCAAGCAAAGGCGAGCGGCGUUUCGCCAGAUCUUGUCCCAUAUCUUCUACCCCUCAUCAACGGCAUCAGUCUCAUCGGUCGCUUGACAGCUGGUGCACUAGCAGAUAUCAUCGGCCAGUUCAACUGCAUGUUGAUAAUUACUGCAUUCACUGGUAUCUUGACCCUAGUCCUGUGGAUUCCGGGAAGUCAGAGCACGGGAGCUAUCAUGGCAUAUGCUGUUGCCUUUGGCUACGGCUCAGGUGGCUACGUGUCUAUCUUUCCUGGCUGUGUUGGACAGAUCAGCCCGAUUGAAGAGAUUGGAACACGCAUUGGCCUAGCGUCGCUUGUAAAUGCAUUCGGGGCUUUGACGGGUAGUCCGCUUGGUGGUGCGUUGAUCUCGGAUAAGAGCGGUAGUGGGAAUAGCUUCAUGGGCUUGCAGCUGUUUUGUGGCUGUACAAUGAUUGCUUCAGUGUUUGCAUAUGGAGCUGCACGGUAUCUCCAGGCUGGUCUGAAGUGGAAGAAGGUCUAG